UUGAUCAGACAUCUGACCUUUGAAAUGAAGAGCUGGAUUGUCUUCUUCCAUGGCACUAGGCUGCCCUCCGGGCAAACACAGUGAGCUCUUUGUCUGUUACUAACUCCGAAGGUAAUGAGCGCUGAUUAAAACUAAAGCCUUGUUAACCACAGCACCCGAGUUGCUCAAAAGCGUUCAGACCUGGGGGCUUUGUUAUUAACUCCAGAGGUGUAGCUGCUCUGCUAAGCAGUUGCUUGAAGCUACUGAGAAGAACUUGUUUUGGUUUGGCCUUUCUGUAAGGGAGAUGGCAGCGCGGUGGGCCGUGCUGGGGCUGUUGGCUGCCUGCAUGACCAGUGCUGCGAAGAAAUCUGUGCUGAACAUGUGCAUGGACGCCAAGCACCACAAAACCGAGCCAGGCCCGGAGGGGGCGCUGCAUGACCAGUGUGUCCUGUGGAAAGACAACGCCUGCUGCACGGCCAACACCAGCAUGGAGGCUCACCAGGACCAGUCCUACCUGUACAACUUCAACUGGAACCACUGCGGGGUGAUGCCAGACAAGUGCAAGCAGCACUUCAUCCAGGACACGUGUCUGUACGAGUGCUCACCCAACCUGGGGCCCUGGAUCGACCAGGCGGAUACCAGCUGGCGCCGAGAGAGGAUCCUCAACGUGCCGCUGUGCAAGGAGGACUGUGAGCUGUGGUGGGAGGACUGCAAGGACGCCAUUACCUGCAAAGAGAACUGGCACAAGGGCUGGAACUGGACCUCAGGGACCAACCGGUGCCCCCGCGGCUCCAUAUGCCAGCCAUUCAAGUAUGUCUUCCCCCGGCCGGCGGACCUGUGUGAGAAGAUCUGGUCCAACUCGUACAAAUACACCACGGAGCACCGGGGCGGCGGGCGCUGCAUCCAGAUGUGGUUCGACCCUGCCAACGGGAACCCCAACGUGGCCGUGGCCAAGUACUACGCCCAGAACGGGAGAGACGCCUCUCCUGCGCCGCGGGCUGUCCUGCUGCUGCUGCCGGCUGCUCUCCUGUCCCUGCUCUGAGCAUCUGGAAGCUGCUAGUCCUCGGGUCUUGAAAUAGCAGGGCUUGGUGGCCGGCUGAAAGCGCCCUAGGUAUGGCCUCUGACUCUGGCAGCUCCACUGGCUUAUACAGGAAAUAUUUCUUCUCUAGGCACGGGGUUUGUUCACCCUGUAGCCCUGCCUUGGGCUCUGGCCAGCCGAUGAUUCAGAAAUCCAUCCGGCUGCUUCUAACCCGGACAAGACUCAAUAGAACCAGAUUAUCCCCAUCCUCUCCUGCCCUUGAACGUCCCUCACUCCAUGGUUUUAUUGUCUCAGUGUUCUCCUGCCACGCUCCUCUCUUCCAGUGGGCUCUGGGGGGAGAUCCCUCUAUGCACCGUGUCCCUGGGGAUCUGAGCUCUGUAACAUGCAGUGACUCACUGGCUGGGUGCACUUCCUCUGUUGGGUACCAGAGCCGGGCAGGUCUUCUCUAACGAUGGUGCCCGCAGUCAUCUGGGUGCCUGUGCCCCUCAGCCCUCCAUCGACAGGAUUGGCCACUGUCUUUGCAUUUGAAUGUGCAGAGGGGGAGAAACCCCAAAGGGAAGACAGCAAAUAUUUGGGGCUGGGCAGGGGAGAGGAGGGUGCAGGGGAAAGGCAUUGGGACGCCUUGGGGGAUGAGAAUUGCAAGGAGAACAAGGCUUUUGGACCCUCUCAUCCAGCCUUGUUCUGUCUCCUUCCCUGCCACCCUGCGCCCCCUGGAAAUACAGGUGUCUCCUCCCCUGGCUCGCAGCCUGCCCUGGUGUCUCCGCUUCAGCCCAUGAGACCAUCCUCUCUGUGGCUUUGGUGUGUGUGUGGGGGGGGUGACUUGAGUAUUGGGGGAGGGGCCCCAUAUGAGCACAGAGGCAUCACCACCCCUACCCUUGCCUACCUUGCUGCUGGUUCUGCUGUGUGAUUGGGUCUCUCCCUCCUCCUGUGCCGCUGCUCCAAUUCCUCUUCUGUCCGAGCUUCCCCAUCCUGAGCCGAGCUCCCGCAGGGGGCUCGGUUCCCGGCCCUGCUCUGGCAGAAGACUAACUGGCAGUGCUGCCCAGCGUGGCCGCAGGCAGUGCCUGGCCGAGCCAGAGUCUCUGCGCCCCGUGGUGACUGAUUGGGCUCUGACCCGCUCUGGGCCAUUGCAUGGUAGCUGCGUUGCUAUGGCAGCGCUGGCUGCAGCCACCAAGAGUUCCUACAGCCCCUAGAACCGGAGCAAUGCUUGGGAACGCAGUCCUGCCUCCUGCUGGUCACCACGGGCCAGCCAGACUGCCCGGGGACCACCAUGGGGCGUUGCUGGAAAUCUGAACCCCUCUAGCUUGGGUCUGUGACUCUGGAGAAAUAAACUCUCCCAGCCCUG